CCCACAGCAAGAUGUUAAAAAAUAAAAGUACACUUAAACAAAUCUGUUUUUUUUUUUGCAUACUAGAUGUUUCUGCUUAUCUCUUUAUUCCUCUAUUUCUCUCUUGCUUGCUCAGUGUCCUAGCCCCCUCCUUCAUUUCUCCUCCCCUUCUUUCGCCUGCCCUCACUGAGUCAGGAGAAAGAGUAUAAAAGCAUCGUUAUCGUUUCUGUCCAUCCAUUCAAUCUCCUUCUCUCGACUUCUCAAUACAUGCUGGGACUCUUCUGUGCUCACCUGCCAGACUGGUGUAUUUCUCUCUCUCUCUCUCGCUCUCUCUCUCUCUCUCUCUCUUUCUCUCUCUCACUCACACACCCACACACACACACACACAAAUACUUUCAGGAGACUUUGGUGUCCCACUGGCACCGUAGACCUCCUACCGGUUUCUUUGCCCUUCACUGCUCAUCAUUCCAGAAUACGGGGAGAACUUGGCACUGGCGGCCCGGAAGAUUCUGCUGGGCGCCACCGCCAUCAUGCUUCUCAUCAUUUUGGUCGUACUCAUUCCGGUCUUGGUGAACUCAGUGGGCAGCAAUGAGGAUGGUAGACGCUACGAGGUGUUGGGCACCUGCCGCAUGGUCUGUGAUCCAUACAUGGACAAGGCAGGCACUGUCGCAACGGGAAUCAGUUCAGCAGCAGGCAUCGACGUGCUAGCUGAAGCGGAGCCACUAAGCGACCACAGUGUGAGCCCGCCACUGCCAACGUACAUCCAUGGCAGGCCGGGAAAACCUGGAAAACCUGGACCUCCUGGACCACCAGGGCCACCUGGAGAGCCCGGUCCUCCAGGUCAGAUGGGGCCACCAGGAGAAAAAAGCAAGACAGCAGUUGCUGGCAUUGGCAGCUUUAAUACCGGUCCACAUGUGGCAUUCUACGCCGGCCUACGGAACCCGCAGGAGGGCUAUGAGAUCCUGAGGUUUGAUGAUGUUGUCACCAACAUUGGCAAUAAUUAUGACGGUGCAUCAGGGAAGUUUGUGUGCAAGGUUCCAGGAACAUACUUCUUUACCUACAAUGUACUCAUGAGGGGCGGCGAUGGGACCAGCAUGUGGGCAGAUCUUGUGAAAAAUGGACAGGUGAGGGCAAGUGCUAUAGCCCAGGACCAGGAUCAGAGCUACGAUUACGCCUCAAACACAGUGAUCCUGCACCUGGACCCUGGAGACGAGAUCUUCAUCAAGCUGGAUGGUGGCAAAGCUCAUGGUGGAAACAGCAACAAAUACAGUACCUUUGCAGGCUUCAUCCUUUACUCUGAUUAGCGCAGUUGAGGUUAAGGUUUGUGAUUUCUUAAAGGGGAGAUCUUUAAGUGUCUUGAAAAGGACAGGGCAACUUCACUAAUCUUCAGACUAUUAAAGAAAGGGGUUAAACUGGGGCAAAAUUUAGGGGUUGACCAAAAUACUUAUGAAUUAGAUAGAUGGCUGUAUUUUUUUCCAUCUAAAAGUAUUCAAUGUAUCAUUCAAUUCAUACAGUGUUUUACAUAAGUAUUCACCCCCAAUCCCCACACCUCCUUUACUUUUCCAUGUUUUGUAUUGUUGUAUAAGUAGACAGCUGAAGAUUGGAAAAACAUUGUCUGCCCUGGUUCACUUGUCCAGUUUCGGUGAACUUGGGUCCACUGUACUGUAGCUCAGAUUCCCAUUCUUGGCUGACCACAGUUGUGGUCUUCUGCUGUUGUAGCACAACUACCUCAAGGUUCAAUGUGUUGUGCAUUCUGAGAUGCUUUUCUGUGCACCAGAGUUGUAAAGAGUGGCUAUUUGAGUUUCCGUAGCCUUCCUGUCAGCUUGAACCAGUCUGGCCAUUCUCCUCUGGCCUCUCUCAAUAAAAUGUGUGACUUCUAAUGGGUAACUAAUAUAGAGCCUUGUUGUAGCCCACCCACCUUAAGGCUUGAUGUGUGGUGCAUUUUGAGAUGCUUUUCUCAUCACCACCCAUGUAAAGAGUAGUUAUUUGAGGUACUAUAGCCUUUCUGUCAACUUGAACCAGUCUGGCCAUUCUCCUCUGGCCUCUCUCGAUAAAAUGUGACUAAUACAGGGGUUUCACAACAAUAGGGGGAUACUUAUGCAGUCAUAAGUUUUCUGUUUUUUUAUUUAUUAUUAUUUGUAAAUAAUGUUACAAACUACUGUAUAUUAAUUUUGACUCCCACUUCAGCAAUAUGGGCUGUUUUGUCUAGAUUCAUGACAUUAAAUGGACAAAUUAAGUCCACUUCGGUUCCAGGUUGCACAAAAUGUGGAAAAGUUCAAGUAGUUCAAGGGUGAAUACUUAUGCAAAGCACUCUAAUCAUACUAUUUAGAAAAAGAUGGGCCAUGUUGUAACUACAGGACUCUGUUUGGCUCCCAUGAACUCAUCUGAGACUGGACCAAGAUGCAUUUAGCCAUUUUAUCAAGAUGUUGUCUUUGCACGAGUCUCUUGUCUUGUUCUUGAAUUUGCUUGCUGUGUUGUGUGUAAUUACUACUCGUGUUAUCCAAACACUUUAUGAUUCUAAAUUCAAUGUGGAAUAAAUUAACCUGAUCCUGGUGUUUAAUCCAAAAUCAUAGUGUGAAUUAUUAUCAGUACAGCGUCUGUGAAAAAGUGGACAUUGAUAUUGGUUUUCCUAAAAAUAUAUUUUUUUAAAACAAGCAAGCAGUAUGGAUUUACCAAAACUAUGGAUUUAAUCAGGACGGAGGGCGAUUUCUAUAGCAAACAGCUCCUGAGAUGGAAAAGAUUCAUUAAAAUUCCAAUCAGGACGUCGCUCCGAGAUAGAAACAUGGUGACAUCACAUAUCUCAUAGUAUCAUCAGCAUUAAUUACUGCUGGAUAAUUAUGUGCAGAAGGUGCAAGUGGUUCCCUUAUUGAGAGAAACCUUUCCAUCAGAUAAGAGGAAAGAAAAAUGUCUCAAUGCAGCCAUCCCUGAUUGGGGUUUUAAGGGAAUCAGACUUCCAUUUUAUGUAUCUGAUUAUGUCUAAUGUGACUUUACUUUUGGUAAUAAAUGGAGAU